AUGUCGGAUCGAUCCGGCGUUACUUCCACAGCCUCUCGGGUUCCUGCUCGUCGUAGAGCCCCUAGGAUUCUUAUUUCCUCUUCGUCGCCCUCUUCACCCUCAUCCUCAUCUUCAUCUUCUCCUCCUCCUCUUUCCUCUUCUUCCGCUUCUAAUCCCAACUUUCACAUUCCUAACCUGCUCGAGCCCAUAGUCAUUGUGAGCUCUCCAUCUGCCCAUUAUCCUUCCGCUCGUAUCCUGGAAGAGGCGGCCGAGCUCGAUGCUUUCAUUGAUCAGCAAGCCACUUCCGUUCCUUCCCCUAAGUCCCCACAUGACUCCCCGGGCAAAGCCCAGGGAGGGGCAAGCGAGGAUAGGGACUCCUCCGAGGGGACCCCUGCCCCUGAGCAGGGGAUGAUCCUGAACUUGACUACGGUCAACCUGACCGGCAAGAGGUCACCCUCUCACCCGAGAGGGUCGCCGAGCUGGUCAGGUCUUUAUCCAUUCCACCGGCCUUCGAGCCGAGGGCUGCCGGACCCGAAGACCGAGCUAGCCGAUCUCCCUCCGGCUUCGUAG